GGCCCCGAACAUAAGGAACACAAGGUUUGUUGUGCUCGUCAGGAUCACUACUAACAAUACUAACGCAAUCAAUUUCUCGCGUAGAUGUUCGAACCCAUAGGCAAGGCACGUAAAUCUAAGGGCGAAUUUGAAAUCACUGUGGAAGUCGAAGGUCCUCCAGGUGAGCGUCCCUCCGUUCGCAUGGGACGCCGUGGAGACGACGAUAAUACAACAGCGGGGACUCCGGCUCCUACUAAGGAGGGUUCCAAGGAAGGUGGCAAGGAGGGUGGCAAGGAAGGUUCCAAGGAGGGUGGCAAGGAGGGUGGUGAAAAGCCCAAAGGGGAAGAGAAGCAUGAGGGACACCACGAUCAUGACCAUAGUCACAACCACCAUCACAAUCACCAGCAUGACCACCAACACCAGCACCAGCACCAAGCUGGUCAAGGCAGUCAGAAGAACAAGGAGGAAGACAAGAAGGAGGGUGGGCAAGGGGCUAGUGCUGACGGUACACCUGGUGUCAAAUCCACCUCGCCCCCUCCUGCUACAGAUGCCACGGGUGCUACUACUCCUGGCUCGACUACUCCUGGCUCGACUACUCCUGGCUCGACUACUACUGGAUCCGCGUCGGGCAGUAGCUCCGGCACUUCUUCUGGUGCACCUGGCACCCCUGCCUCCGCUGCGCGUCGUUCUCUCACGCGCGCUCGCCGUUCCACUCCGUUCCCGUACGGUGUUGACUUGGAUUAAAACGUUCUAGAAAAGUCUUGGAGUUGUAUUGUUUCAUCAUUAGUAUAGAACGCUAUAUACUAUGCACUUGUUCCAUCGUAAUUCUUCAAA